AUGAGAGUGCAGCCCGACGAAGUUGAAUUUAUUGGUUGGCUUGAUCAACUUGGUAAUGGAACUCUACCAACUGUAGAGUUUAAUAACGAGAAUCGCCAACAACAAGAAACACGUCUUCGACGAGACACAAUUCAAAUUCCCCAGCGUUGUAUCGUCAAUGGACUUGAUGAGUUGAUUAACAGAAUUUUUGGACAAGACUUUCGACCAGAUGCUUUUGUCAAUACAGCAAUUCUCACUCCGUUGAAUGCAGAUUGUCAUCGAAUCAUUGCUUCGAUCUUAAACAGGAUUCAAGCUCCUGUUCGAACGUAUCGAAGCGUUGACAGAGUGGUGACAGACAUUCCAGCCGAAGCUGCAAAUUAUCCCGAAGAAUUUCUCAAUUCACUCACACCAUCGGAAUUUGCACAGCACGAGCUAACGUUGAAAGAAGGUACCAUCGUCAUGCUAUUGCGAAAUCUCAACGUCAGAGCAAAUCUUUGCAAUGGCACACGAUUGGUAAUUCGACAUUUGAGGGAACACUUCAUUAAAGCAGAAAUCAUCAAUUUUGACGGACAAUUGUCUGGUAGAAGGGAGUUUUUGCCGAGAAUCGAAUUUGAAUCUUCGGAGAAUGAACCUCUUCCCUUUGUUUUGAAAAGACGGCAGUUGCGAUUGUCAUAUUGUAUGACAAUCAACAAAUCUCAGGGCCAGACAUUCGAUUCGGUGGGAAUUUUUUUGCCUAGACCAGUCUUCACCCAUGUCCCACAACAAUUCAAAUCCGCCGGUGAAGACGGCGGCUUCACCGUCACCACCAGAAGACGGAGAACCGCCGCGACCCCCAUCAAAGUCGCCGCCACCCCCCUCAACGUCGCAACAGCACCCGCACCGGCAAAUUCGACGGUCGUCGCCGGGGCCGAGGUCGGGGUCGGGGUCGGGGCCGCGGCUGCAGCCGGCAUCAAAGCCGCCAGGGUGAAACCCUGGCAACUUCAAUCAUUAACGACGUUCUAUCAAGAGGUGCAACAAAAGGCACAACAAGAAAACACAACGCUAGUUUCGGUAUUGGCCGACAUAGACAUCGCCAUAAAUGAAGUCAAGGAAGAUACGAAAAAUAUGAAGAAAGAUAUGAACAACUUAAAAACUCUAAAUACGGGAUAUUAUUCGGGCUGA